UAUUAUUAUACGGAAGGCUUUCUAGAUCACGGACGAUGGAUAAAGAUCAGAGUUGCGCGCACAAUCGUCUUUGAAUCAAAGCCUCUUUUCAGAUUAUCGUUAAACUGCAUGACGGAAGGAAAUAUAUGUACAACGUGCGACAUUUAGACAGGCAUUUUCUAGAGUGGAUAUAUAGUCUAUAUUUUUAUAAAUGAUAUCCUUACAUAGCAUUAUUGAUUUGUCCCCGACAUUGUAGUAGUUUAACGUUUUAUGAUGGGCGAUUUAUAGCGGUACCAGCCCAACAAUUACCGAGUUAGUUUAAACAGAUUUUAGAGACAUCAAAUCUGGCCCCAACAUCAUUUUAAUCCAAACUGUCCUUACUACAAUCCCUAAGGCAUUUUCUAUUCAAUCUUGUACAGGUUACUUAUUCAACGACAUGCCAGCAGUUUUCACAACUUAAGCCGGAACUGGAAUGCAAUUUGUCUGGCUUUGACUGAUUUUACACCAAAAAAUAAAUUUCAACCAUGUCUACAGACAAAAAAUCCAAACGGUUAUUAGCAGAAGUUACCGAGGAUUUGACGCAGGAACAAAUAGACGAGUUCAAGAAAGCGUUUUCGUCCAUCGAUCUUAAUAAAGACGGUAAAAUAUCGAAAAAAGAACUAGUAGACGCUGCAAAAUUGUUGGGUAUUAAUAUUACACUGGAGGAAUCGAAAAAGCUGAUCGAGAGCGUAGAUCUCAAUAAAGAUGGCAGUAUAGGAUUUGAAGAGUAUGUCCUUCUCAUGAAAGACACUUUUCUACAAAUAGAUCUGAACUGUGAACGUUACAAAGCAUCAUUUAUGCUGAUAGACACGAAUAAUGAUGGUGUGAUUUCCUUCGAGGAACUUGUACGAGCUUUAGCAUUUAACAAGGAGCAUCACGAUCUUAAUAAAGUACGCGAAAUCUUUAGUGCUGCAGAUACGGACGGGGACGGAUCGAUCAAUUUUAAAGAAUUCGCUACAUCAUCUUUGCCUAGUGUUGUAUUUGGAGAGUAAAUAUGAAUUUAAUAUAUUACUUAAAUCGUGAAAAAACUCUGAAGACAGAAGUUCAAAACACUGUACAGGAUACAGGAGUUUCCGACUUUGUUUAUGUUUGUCUAAUAUUGUUACAUUUUGCAAAUCUCGACAAUUUGUCUAAUUUGUUUGUACAAAUAAGAAAAAUUGUUUUAUUUUUGAAUUGUUCAUCUAAUAUUUUGUGACAGUUCAUGCUUGUUUCAUGAAUUUUUACUUUGAAUAGAAAUCCAUUCCAAGAUA